AUGUUUACUGAUUUAUCUAUCUAUCUAUCUAUCUAUCCUAUUCUUUUCUUACAUAUCUAUCUAUCUAUCAAUUUAUCAUAUUCUGUUCAUAUCUAUCUACCUAUCUAUCCUAUUCUUUUCAUAUACAUCUAUCAAUCUCAGUUUGUUUCUAUCUAUCUAUCUAUUUAUCUAUGUCUCUAUCUAUCUAUCUAUCCUAUUCUGUUCAUAUCUAUCUAUCAUAUCUUCUUCCCUUCCUUUCUUGAUUCCUUCCUUCCUACCGACCUUCAUUCAUUCAUUCAUUAUUCAGUCAUUACUUCAGGCAAUCGUUCAUUCAUUUUGAUUUCUUUCCUUUUAUUUUUUCGUUUUCUUCUAUUUUUCAUUUCCUUGUUUCCUGUUUUUCAAUUAUUCUUUCUUUUUUUUUUUUGGUUCGUUAUGUCUUCCAUUUGUUUUUCGUUUCAUUUCUUCUCUCGUCUUUUUCUCAUGCUUCCUUUUCUUUCUUUGUAUGGUGUUCUUCUUUCUUUUUUGGUAAAACUGUUUUCCUUUUCACAAUUUUCAUUUCUUUGA